AUGAGGGGGAUAUUAAACAAUGUACUUAUCGUUAAUCAUAAUAUUGGCAAGAACUUCAAAUGUAGGAGAUUCGUUUCUGGAAAAUAUGAAUCUAAACAUUCUUUUAACAACCACUACUAUGUGUUGAAGAAUAGCGAACAAUCCUUAUGGAGACACAGGAACAUACAUGGGUGUGUGAACCCGACAGUAAAUAGUAAAAGAUGUUUUUCAACCUUUAUGAAAAAUGUCAUAGAACAGGUGAAGAAAGACAUGAAGGAAAAUAAACAGUACCAAGAAGCCCUGAAGGAGUUGAAGGAAAAAACGGAAAUAGACCAUAAAGCUGUAAAAUUAAAAAAAAAUAUUGAAGAAAAGAUAAUUUUUUUAAAAUCUUUAAAAGAAAAAAAUGAAGAAGCUGUAAAAUUACUAUACAAUGAUAUGAAUAAAUGUAUUAAGUACAUGUUUGAGAAUUAUAGAAUUUUAAAAUUUUGUAAAUAUACAAGUGUUCAAUUUUUUUUAACCUUACAAAAAUUACUGUUUUAUACAAGCAGUAAAUUGACCGAAUUGUGUGACAAAUGGAAUGACAAAAAUAGUGCAUUCGUUCAAUUGGAUAAGUGGAGACAAGAAAUGGCCAUCAAAAGAUACAAAAAGAAUAAUGCCCGUGUGAAAAAGCAGAAGAGAAUGGGAGUACAUGAUAUGGAUCAAAACAAUGUUGAUGAAGAAGAUAAGGAAUUUCCAAAUGAAUUCAACACAGAGACUUUAAAUGAAAAAAAAAAUGAGUCAAAAUCUGAAGAAGAGUGCUAUGAACAAAAAACAGGAGGAAAUAAAAAGGAGACUAGUGGUGAACUCGUACUCGCACACGAAUCUGCAUGGGAUAAAUUUGGAAGUAAAUUGAAAGACAUGCCAUUUUUAAACAACUUUUUUGAAAAUCCAAUUUUAGGAAAAUUAUUUGGAGAAACAGAAUUAGCAGCAGCAUUGAGAGAAAUGAAAAUACAGGACAAAAAUUUUAAGCUAUCAGAACUCAUGUACUUGUUCGAGUGUGUAAUUUCAAAACAUAUUGUUGAAUCGUACUUGAUUGGAGAUGAGGAAACUCUUAGGUUACACUGUGGUAGUUCAGCUUUUAAUUCUUUAAAUGCAAGUAUAAAUGAGAGGAAAAAAAAAAAAGUGUAUUUAGAUACCAAUGUUUUAAUAUAUAAAAACCAUGAACUUAAGGGGGCUCAAAGAAUGGAAGAAAGUUCUCCAUGGUUCAUCUUUACAUUCCAUACGCAACAAAUAAAUUGUUUAAAAAAUAUAAAUGAAGAAAUUAUCGAAGGAAACAUUGAUGACAUUCGUGAGGUUGUUUACACAAUUGCUUUGUCCAAACAUCCAGAGCCAGAAACCGAGGGGCUUCUUUAUCCGUACAUUAUUCGAGAAUUUGCCAUUAUUGGGAAUACUCCCUCGUGGUAG